CUCUUUCUCCCGAGUGGACUGGAAUUUAUAACAUAUUGACUGCCGCUGCCUGUAACGGUCACACUUAAUUCUCUCCGAUCAUCAAUUAUACAAAUUCAGACAAUUAUACACAUCUCUUUCUCUAUGUUCCAGACUUCCAGCUCCCGAAUAUAUAGCUCGAUCUCUCUCCAUUGACUCUCUCCUCUCCUCAACCUAUACAUACAGAUAAUUGUGUGUAUUUAUGGAUAGGAGGAGAAAUGAAAGUCCGGUGUACGCUAGACAGUGGAGCGGAGGCUCCAGCAGCACCGGAUCAUCGUCUCCGGUGAGAUCGCCGGCGCAUCCUCAAUCUCGCCCUCCUCCGGCCGCCGGAAUGUCCGCUAUUAAACGAACGCAAAACGUCGCUGCGAAAUUUGCCGCGCAACGAUUGGCGCAGGUCAUGGCUUCGCGAACGGUUGAUGAUGAUGAGGAAGAUGAUGAUCACGGCUUUCAGUUCGGCGCUUCUUCGUUUACUAGUAGUAAGUUGAGGUCUAGUGGUGGUAGUGGUGGUUUUACAGGUGUUUCGAUUUCUAGGCCUAAUAGAUCUCCGUCGCCUGCGUUUGGGGGGAAUUUAAUGGAUCAUACUCCUUCAGUUCGUUCAACUUCAGCUGGAAGACCAGCAUCCGUUCGCUCAGCACAGGUUGUGCCGCCCAGUAGGAAUUCUUUGAGAACCCCGGUUGCUGGUCCGCCCAUAGAACCACCUAGCAACAGACUACGAGAUAAUAAUAAUAAUAGGUUUACGGCAAGUAAAGGACAAGUAGACACGAAAGAUACUGGAAAUCAGCGUGAAGCUUCUGCUCUUCGUGAUGAGCUUGAUAUGCUUCAAGAAGAAAAUGAUAUUGUUCUCAAUAAGCUUCGCCAGGCAGAAGAAAAAUGUGAAGAAGCAGAAGCCAGGGCGAGAGAGCUAGAGAAGCAGGUUGCUUCUCUUGGAGAAGGGGUUUCUUUGGAAGCCAAGCUAUUGAGCAGGAAGGAAGCAGCUUUACGACAAAGGGAGGCUGCUCUUAAAGCUGCAACACAAUCUAAAGAUGGUAAAGAUGAGGAAAUUGGUGCCCUUCGUGCAGAAAUUGAGAAUGUAAAAGAUGAGGCUGCCAGUACUGUAGAACAGCUAAGGGAAGCUGAAUCUGAAGCAAAGGCUCUUCACAAAGUGACACAAAGAAUGAUUUUGACUCAGGAAGAGAUGGAGGAGGUUGUUCUAAAGAGGUGUUGGCUUGCUCGCUACUGGGGGUUAGCUUUGAAUCAUGGAAUCUGUGCAGAUAUUGCAGUUUCUAAGCAUGAACAUUGGUCAUCUUUAGCACCUCUUCCCUUUGAAGUUAUUAUAUCUGCUGGACAGAAAGCCAAGGAAGAGUCUUGGGAUGGUGGCAAUGAUUCAGAGAGAAGGAGCAACCUUGCGCGUGAUUUGAGUGAUUUAUCUGGAGAAGGAAAUAUUGAGAGCAUGCUUUCUGUUGAAAUGGGCCUUAGGGAAUUAGCUUCGUUAAAGGUGGAGGAUGCUGUUGUUCUGGCAUUGGCUCAACACCGGCGUCCAAAUUUGGUUCGUCAGUCCUCUUCUGAUCGAAAAUCAUCAAGUGAUCCUAAGUUUACAGAGUCCCAUGAGUUAACUCUGGAAGAGACGGAAGAUGUUCUUUUUAAAGAGGCUUGGCUUACAUAUUAUUGGAGAAGGGCUAAAGUUUAUGGUGUGGAAGAAGAUAUUGCAGAAGAGCGCCUUCAGUUCUGGAUAAGCCGUAGUGGCCAUUCACCAACAUCACAUAAUGCUGUUGAUGUUGAAAAAGGUCUGACGGAGCUGAGGAAGUUGAGCAUAGAAAAGCAACUCUGGGAAGCAUCUCGCAGAGAAAUUGACCAACAGGUUUUAUUAAAAGGCAACUCCAAAGAUCCUUUGCAGCCUGAAGUGAAUUCCUCGUGAUGAAUUUUGUCAUGAUUAAUUUUCCAUAUAUUCUUUCUUUGUAUCAGUAAUUUUGUUGCCAUGCUUUUGUUUUCUGACAAACGAACUAUAGUUAAAUUCAUAAGUUAGUUGAUAGCUUUUUUGGCCGUUUGAUAACUGUAAUUAUUUUUUACAUGGGUAGAGGUAGUCACCAACAAUGCUACUUGCUUGCCUGCUUGUAUAAUGGAGUGGAGACUAGAACAAAUCAGAAUUUUUUGGAAUUAUAUGGUAUUUCUUUUUCAUUCA